ACGGGGGGGGGGAUGUGGGAGAGGUGGCGUGGGCCAUUCCGCUGCCCGCCGAAGACGCAGAGUGCAGCCAGGGAACGGAGUAGCAGUGCAGGCGCGAACGGCUUGUGGGAACUUGAUCUGCAAGCACAACUGCUCCUGUGCUGAGUUGAAGAAUGUGGACUAUGUAGUGGAGAGAGGAGAGACCAGCCUAAACCCCUCAACAUUUGUCAGACGCAGGAAUAGACUGUUCUGGGUCGUAGUCAGUCCGUUGGUCGGUUGGUGUUCUUUGGUCGUAGUCAGUCUGUUGGUUGGUGUUCUUUGGUUGUAGUCAGUCUGUUGGUUGGUGUUCUUUGGUUGUAGUCAGUCUGUUGGUUGGUGUUCUUUGGUCGUAGUCAGUCUGUUGGUUGGUGUUCUUUGGUCGUAGUCAGUCUGUUGGUUGGUGUUCUUUGGUCGUAGUCAGUCUGUUCGUGGUUGGUCGGUGUCCUUCAGUUAAGCAGCAACGUUUCCAUCAUGGCUGAAAGUUCUAACUCACCGAAUCACAGACACAGUAUUCCAGGUCUGUCAUCUCUGGGGAAGCUGGACCCCAAGGAGACUGAGAUGAUCAUGGAGUAUUUUAAAACACAGGUUCUGCUCCUCCAGGAGAAAGCCCUUUUGCAGGCCUCUGUCCGAGAGGAGAAGAAGCUGCUGGUUGAGAAUGCCAAGCUGAAGAAAGACAUCUGUGACCUCAAAGCUCUACUGACUGAAAAGCAGCAGAAGAAGAAAGCUAAAGCAGCUGCUGCCAAACUGAAUGCCACAGAUUCUACCAACCUGGGGGGCACGGCUGCCCCCCCAGACCCCGGCACUUGCCCCAGACCUGCCCUCUACAGGGAGAGAGAUGGAAGGAGGAGGAGAGGAGGGGAGAAAAAGGGGAGGAAGGAGGGGCAUAACUCUGACUCCGCCUUUGAGGAGGAGGCUCGUGUGGACGUGUCACGCCUCGACCUGCGGAUUGGUCGGAUCGUGGGCAUCCGCUACCACCCAUUGGCCGGUGCUCUAUAUGUCCAGGAGGUGGACCUGGGAGAGCCGGCUCCUCGUACUGUGGUCAGCGCAUUACGACACAUUCCCAAGGAACAGCUUCAGGGUCACCUGGCAGUGUUGCUGUGCAACGUGCGCCCCUGUCGUGUGAAGGGCGUGGUCUCCACGGCGAUGGUUCUCUGUGGCUCCGCCCCUAACGACAGUGAUGAUGUCAACGGUGAUGAGAUCCAGAUGGAGCUUCUGGAACCACCCAGCAAUGCAGUACCUGGCGACCGGAUCACCUUCCAGGAUUACCCUGGGGAGCCAGACCGUGUGUUGUCCCCGAGAGAGAGGCUCUGGGAGCGGAUCCUUCCUGACCUUCAGACGGACUCACGGGGCGUGGCCACCUACAGGGGCGCUGGGUUCGAGGUGCGGGGAAAAGGCCUGUGCAGAGUCUCCACCCUGACCAACAGCAGCAUAAAAUAAACGCGCUCACUUCCCACGGAUGAAAUGUACGCUGAUUGGCCUUACCUGUCAGAAAGUGUUUAUCUCCCAAUAAAGUUUUUUGAUGCAAUUUA